CUAGCGACUGUAAUGUUUACUUCUACAGCACUUGGAUACACAGCAUUCAUAAUGAAGUGGUAAAGAGCUUCCUACUGUCGUCGUAAACAGAUUUUGUUCUGAAGGGACAUUCAGCAUUGUUUCACAACAGUUGUUAACAGAUCUACAGAUCUGCAGCGGCAGUGUAUUAAUUGGGGACGAAUCCCUGAGGUAUCCACGUACACGUAUGUAAAUAACUUCGUCUCGUAUUCUGUAUGAUCAUAACCGAAUAAAGUCAGGUCCUGCCGUUAAGAUCCAGCGGAGGACGACGCAUUCCUGCAGGAUGCAAGGCUUUUCAGAGAGUCAAGAAGAACGCUUUUCAUUUCUUGCAGAAUGGUAUGAUCCCAAUGCUGCCCUCCUUCGACGUUAUCAGCUUCUGUUUUACCCCAAAGAUGGGUCAGUGGAAAUGUUUGAUGUAAAAAAUCAACGCACUUUUCUAAGAAGGACGAAGUAUGAUGAGCUGUGUCAAGAAGAUCUCUUUGUGGGCAACCGUGUGAUUGUGUUUUCACGUCAGCUUGAGCUGAUAGGGUAUGGGGACCAGUACACGGCAGGAAAGAUGGGCAGCAAAAAAGAAAGAACUCUUGCUAUAAUAAAGCCUGAUGCACUGAUCAAGAUGGGCGACAUAAUUCAGAUGAUAUAUGAUGCAGGCCUGAUGAUAAUCAAAGCAAAAAUGUCCAAAGUGUCAUGGAAAGAGGCAAUGGACUUUUAUGCAGAACAUCAGUCAAAGUCUUUCUUCAAUAAUCUCAUGCAGUUUAUGACCUCUGGCCCUGUUGUUGCCAUGGAGAUAAUGGGGGAUGAGGCCGUGGCUGCCUGGAGGAGACUCUUGGGACCAACCGAUUCAAGUGUGGCUCGCAAUGAAGCACCAAACAGCGUGAGGGCAAAGUUUGGCACAGAUGGCACCAAGAAUGCUGGGCAUGGGUCCGAUUCACUUGCCUCAGCAGCAAGGGAGCUGGAAUUAUUCUUCCCAUCAACUACUGGUCGUGGCCCUUCCAACACUGCAAGAUUCACAGAUUGCACGUGCUGUGUUAUUAAGCCACACGCUAUCGCAGAAGCUCUAACUGGGAAGAUUCUGAAUGCUAUUGGUGAAGCAGGAUUUGAAAUUUCAGCUUUACAAAUGUUCACUAUGGAUCGAGCCAAUGCUGAAGAAUUUUUUGAAGUUUAUAAAGGAGUUGUGGCAGAGUACACUAGUAUGGUAGCUGAGCUGUGCUCGGGACCUUGUAUGGCAUUAGAAAUCCGUGGAACAGAGGCACCAAGGACAUUUCGAGAAUUCUGCGGGCCUGCUGACCCUGAAAUAGCUCGUCAUCUCCGUCCCGAUACUCUGCGAGCUAUCUUUGGCAAAAGCAAAGUACAGAAUGCAGUGCAUUGUACAGACCUGCCUGAGGAUGGCAUUUUGGAGGUACAAUACUUUUUCAAGAUACUGGAUGGAUGAAGAUACUUCAGUGUUAUUUUGUCAAAUAAAAACCACAAAGCUUU